AUGAACGGCCGAUCAAGGUCAUCGUCGCCUGAAAUCUCACCGCUGGACUUUGGAGAGGAUUUGGCUCCUCUGCCCGUCUACAAGGCCGCGGCCACCACGGCCCUGGACUUCUCAGGCCUCUUGGAUGAGCCAUUAAAGCUUCAUGAAGAUCUCUCUUCGGGUUGUGGAGGACAGCUUUGGCCUGCGGGGAUGGUGCUCGCCAAACAUAUGCUGCACUAUCAUCGGGAUAAGCUGCAGACCUCUAGAGUUCUCGAGCUCGGUGCUGGCGGCGGUAGUGUCGGACUCACGAUUGCAAAGGGCUGCAGGAUAGACCAGCCCCUCUACAUUACCGACAUGAUAGACAUGGAGCCUCUCAUGCAACACAACAUUGCUCUGAACGAGCUGGACGACCGGGUCAGAGGCCGCAUCCUCAACUGGGGCGAACCUCUCUCACAGGAAAUUAUCGACUUUAAGCCAGAUACCAUCCUCGCGGCCGACUGCGUCUACUUUGAGCCGGCCUUUCCCUUGCUUCUGCAGACGCUGGAAGAUCUGCUGACGCUGAACCCUUCGGCCAUCGUGUUUUUCUGUUUUAAGAAGAGACGGCGGGCUGAUAUGCAGUUCCUCAAGUCUGCCAGGAGAGCCUUUCGAGUGACUGAGCUCGAGGAUGAAGACCGGCCCGUUUUCACCAGAGAGGGCUUGUUUCUGUAUACCAUCACAGCGAAAUAA